AUGGUGAGAUUAUCAGAUGGUGAGAUAGCAGAAGGUGAGAUAGCAGAUGGUGAGAUAGCAGAAGGUGAGAUAGCAGAUGGUGAGAUAGCAGAAGCUGCAGCGAUGGUGUCCAGCAGGACGGCAGUAGAGAGCAGUUGUCCUCUGGGGCAAUUCCCCUGUGGUAACGUGACGGUGUGUCUGCACCAAGCUCUGCAGUGUGAUGGACACAGAGACUGCCCCAAUGGAGCCGACGAGGAAAACUGUGGGGACAACAGCGGAUGGGCGGACAUCUUUGAUCGAACCGUCAGAAAGGUCGAACCACAGGGCCUACCACCAGAAGACUGCUUCUUGCAGCAGUACCCAGAGAAUUGUAACUGUAUCAAGACAGAACUGGAGUGUGUGGAAGUCAACCUACAUGACGUUCCUCAAGUCUCCACCAAUGUCACCUGGCUGUCUCUGAAGAGUAACAAGAUAAAGAACUUGUCUGACAACAUCUUCUCCAAAUACGCACACCUGCAGAGACUGUUCCUACAGAACAACAGCAUUCAGACAAUCUCCAGUGAAGCCUUCAGUGGACUCUACAAACUAGAGAAACUGUUUCUUAGUGUCAACUCCAUUUCAUCUCUCAAACUGGGUGUGUUCAGUGAUCUCCGUAAUCUAUGGUGGCUCGUGUUGGAUCAUAACCCUUUGAAAAGUAUCUCCCAAGACACCUUCACCGGCCUCACCUCCCUCAUGUUCCUUUCCAUGGUGAAUACGUCUCUCGUGCAGCUCCCCCAACCCAGCCUCUGUCACCACACACCUAACCUCAGCUGGCUAAACAACUUCUUUGCCUGCUUGGAGGGCAACACAGUACCGCUGAUGCGGGCUACCACUGCUCCCGUGGACUACUACUGCUCCCGUGGACUACUACUGCUCCCGUGGACUACCACUGCUCCCGUGGACUACUACUGCUCCCGUGGGCUACCACUGCUCCUGUGGGCUACCACUGCUCCCGUGGGCUACUACUGCUCCCAUGGGCUACCACCGCUCCUGUGGGCUACCACUGCUCCCGUGGGCUACUACUGCUCCUGUGGGCUACCACUGCUCCUGUGGGCUACCACUGCUCCCGUGGGCUACUACUGCUCCUGUGGGCUACCACUGCUCCCGUGGGCUACUACUGCUCCCGUGGGCUACUACUGCUCCCGUGGGCUACCACCGCUCCUGUGGGCUACCACUGCUCCCGUGGGCUACUACUGCUCCCGUGGACUACUACUGCUCCCGUGGACUACCACUGCUCCCGUGGACUACCACUGCUCCCGUGGACUACCACUGCUCCCGUGGACUACUACUGCUCCCGUGGACUACCACUGCUACCGUGGGCUACCACUGCUCCCGUGGGCUACCACUGCUCCCGUGGACUACCACUGCUCCCGUGGGCUACCACUGCUCCCGUGGGCUACCACUGCUCCCAUGGGCUACCACCGCUCCCGUGGCCAACACACUCACUCACGCCUCCUGAUGAACAACAGGAUUCAUGCUCUUCCUGUUCGCUCUUUUCAGACUCUAGUGCUGCUGGAGGAGCUAGACCUGUCCAACAACCGGAUUAAGGAGCUCCCCAAAAACACCUUUAAGAACUUAAAGUCCCUCGUCAAAUUGAACAUAUCCCACAAUCCUUUGUUCCACAUCUACCCGGGUCACUUUGACGACCUGACCCAGCUCCAGUCCCUGGGUCUGGAGGGUAUUGAGAUUCCAAACAUCCAGACCAAGAUGUUUCUACCCAUGGGAAACCUCUCACACAUCUACUUCAAGACCUUCCAGUACUGUUCCUAUGCGCCCCAUGUGAGAACGUGUAAGCCCAACACGGACGGUAUCUCUUCCUUCGAGGACCUGUUAGCCAACGUGGUGCUCAGGGUCUCUGUGUGGGUCAUGGCCUUCAUCACAUGCUUCGGGAACCUCUUCGUCAUCGGGAUGAGAUCCCUGAUCAGAGCAGAGAACAACCUGCACGCCGCCUGCAUCAAAGUCCUCUGCUGUGCAGACUGUCUGAUGGGUGUGUACCUGUUCUUUGUCGGUGUGUUUGAUGUGAAGUUCCGAGGAGAGUACAAUCGUAACGCUCUCCUGUGGAUGGAGAGCGUGGAAUGUCGAACCAUCGGAUUCCUGGCUAUGCUCUCCUCAGAGGUAUCUGUUCUGCUGCUGACCUACCUGACUGUGGAGAAGUUCCUGGUCAUCGUGUUUCCCUUCAGUCACCUGAGACCUGGAAAACUACAGACUGCGGUGGUGCUGUUAUCUAUCUGGGUGUUGGGGUUCAUCAUCGCCGUGGUUCCCCUGAUGAACGAGGACCUGUUUGGGAACUACUAUGGUCGUAACGGGGUCUGCUUCCCCCUACACUCUGACAGACAGGAGAAGCCCACUGCUAAAGGAUACUCUAUCGGCAUAUUCCUGGGUCUGAACCUGGCUCUCAGAGACGUCUACCUGAUCGUGUUCUCUUACUCCUCCAUGUUCUACUCCAUCUACAAGACUGGUAUCAACGCUACAGGUUCUUCUGUUACAGACCUGAGGAGCAGGCUACACAGAGACGUGGCUGUAGCUAACAGGUUCUUCUUCAUCGUCUUCUCUGACGCCCUCUGCUGGAUCCCCAUCUUCCUGGUCAAGAUACUGUCCCUGCUGCAGGUCGAGAUACCAGGUACCAUCUCAUCCUGGGUGGUGAUCUUUAUAUUACCCAUCAACAGUGCCCUGAACCCCAUCCUCUACACCCUGACUACCAGCUUCUUCAGAGAACAGGUGGAGGUCCUGCUGUGUCGUUGGCAGAGAAGGUCGAUCCUGAAGAAGAACAGGAAGAGCCUGACCUCUACUGUAUACAUAGAGGACUCAAGGAAUACACUCAACCAGCCUCCAGCAUACCUACCUACUGUACCCCGGGUACCUCUGACUGAUAUGGAUCCUCGCUACGGGUGAAGGGGAGGUGCUAUGAGUGGGGGACCCCUCGUCAUGGGAAGGAGGGAGUGAGAAAGGAGGAGGGAGAGUAUGAAUGAGAGAGAGGGAGAAAAAAACGUCGGCCCCUAAUGACCUAUCUGCCCAGCAUGUCUGAUAUGGCUCAUUUGCUACCGGUGAGAGAGAACUAGACCGCUGCAUAUGAACGUUAGGACCAGGGCUGUUCUGAAGAGGGCUGUUUUGAGACUAAUGGAUAGGGUUAUUACUACCGCAAAUGAAAGUGCCCUUUGAGUACAAUAACCUAUUCGUUCUCAAAAGCUCCUUUCAACUGGAGCAAACUCACCUCUUCCACAGUACAGUACCAAUGACACAAAUGGUACACAGACAAAUGUGUAGCGCCCACCUGUUGGGGACGAGGAGGAUGAAUGGUGUGUUUACAUAUGAACUUUUCGUCAACAAACCUCUCUCUUUUGUUUGUUUGUACAUAUUCUACUCAAUGGUGUGUUCCUUUUAACCUUCUAGAUCAGUGUUUCUGGGUAGUCUUAAAAAAGAAAUCUACUUUGAAACAAAAGAAUGCACCUCACACACGUGGUUAUGGGCUUAUAGAAGAAGUUAUGUCAGAUACAGAGUUGAAAAUGUAUUCAAUGUUGAGUUUGCAUUCCAGUAUUACACUUUAGGUACAUCACAGAAGACUGAACUAUAACAAAACCGUUUGACAUAGAAACAUCGGAUUCAUCGGUGUAAUUUUUUUAAAUGUUUAAAAUGUUUAUUAAUUAUGCAAUUAUGAAAAAUAUUGAUAACAUUUCACCCAUGACGCCACUAGAGGGCGAUUUGUUCAUUUCACUGCAGGAACUAGUGAACUUUCUCCCUAAUCUGCGUACCAAAUGGCACCCGGUUUCCUAAGUAGGGCAUUACUUUUGACCAGGGCCCAGAGUAGUGCACCUUAUAGGGAACAGGGUGCUAUUUGGGAUACUUCCCUGGUUCUCAGUUCCUUUACUGACUCUUACCUGGAAUGACCUGUCUGUGUGCUGUACAUUUUCAGCUGUUUCUUAGCCGACUCUGGGUCGGUGCCAUGUGUGUAUUACGUCUCACUUUACCUGCGACUGUACAUAAGUAGCCUUGUCCGAGGAAGAACGGCUCACAGGGCAGGAGCUCCUGUUUCUGUAGAGUGUAGCAGCUUCAACGAACAUCCUUACAGGAAAAUCACACGUUUUUGGGAAAUACUUCACAGGAUGAUAUUAGUUUCAUGUGGAUUUUCACAAAAACCUUUCACAUGUGGAUUACAUUUUUUUCUAGGAGAGAUUCACAAGCCCUGCAAAAACAAAGGUGAGUUGUAAUGAUGAACACACAGUGUUUUCAACUUAAACACGUGAUGCAUUUUGCCACAUGGCUACAUUGUGUAUGUUUCUGCAUACAGUCAUUAAUAUUCAACAUGUCCUCAACUGGGAUUUGAACUCACAACCUCUUGGUUCACAGCCAUUCCAAUCUUCCUGCUUAGUCAUUAAUAUUCAACAUGUCCUCAACUGGGAUUUGAACUCACAAGCUCUUGGUUCACAGCCAUUCCAAUCUUCCUGCUUAGUCAUUAAUAUUCAACAUGUCCUCAACUGGGAUAUGAACUCACAACCUCUUGGUUCUCAGCCAUUCCAAUCUUCCUGCUUAGUCAUUAAUAUUCAACAUGUCCUCAACUGGGAUAUGAACUCACAACCUCUUGGUUCACAGCCAUUCCAAUCUUCCUGCUUAGUCAUUAAUAUUCAACAUGUCCUCAACUGGGAUUUGAACUCACAACCUCUUGGUUCACAGCCAUUCCAAUCUUCCUGCUUAGUCAGUAAUAUUCAACAUGUCCUCAACUGGGAUUUGAACUCACAACCUCUUGGUUCACAGCCAUUCCAAUCUUCCUGCUUAGUCAUUAAUAUUCAACAUGUCCUCACCUGGGAUAUGAACUCACAACCUCUUGGUUCACAGCCAUUCCAAUCUUCCUGCUUAGUCAUUAAUAUUCAACAUGUCCUCAACUGGGAUUUGAACUCACAACCUCUUGGUUCACAGCCAUUCCAAUCUUCCUGCUUAGUCAGUAAUAUUCAACAUGUCCUCAACUGGGAUUUGAACUCACAACCUCUUGGUUCACAGCCAUUCCAAUCUUCCUGCUUAGUCAUUAAUAUUCAACAUGUCCUCACCUGGGAUAUGAACUCACAACCUCUUGGUUCACAGCCAUUCCAAUCUUCCUGCUUAGUCAUUAAUAUUCAACAUGUCCUCAACUGGGAUUUGAACUCACAACCUCUUCGUUCACAGCCAUUCCAAGCUUCCUGCUUAGUCAGUAAUAUUCAACAUGUCUGAGUUUAGUUAAUAAGGAUUGGUGUCCCACUAGCAGGACAACUUCGGGUGAAACUGGAGAGCGUGCAAUUCAAAGAAAUAUUAUGGAUUUUAAACAUUUAUGUACAUACAAGUGUCUUACAUCGGCUGAAAGCUUAAAUUCUUGUUAAUC